AUGGGCGGAGAUCGAGGGCCUACGCAGUUGCCGCUCCCGUUUGGAAACUUGAACUCUCCUCAGAGCAUCAGUGAGAAGAACCGGCCUCGUCACUUCGGCCCCCAAACACCAGUCACCAAAGGUCAGAGUCAGAGGGGCAAAGCCAUGGAAAAGGAGCUGCCACCCAUACCACAAGGGCCUCAAAAGACGGUGUCUUUUUUAGGCCAGCGACGCCCAGAGACAGAGCCGGGAGGCCGGCAAGCUCUCCGGGCCGUUUCCAGCCCGAUGGCUCUGCGGAAAGCAGAAGAUCAGGAUCCGCUGGGAUACCACAGCAAGGAAUUCUCAAGAAACCUGUCUCUGACUUUAGACAAAGUCAACAUCCGCCGUUCGAGGACAGUGUCAGUAAGCGCAAGCCUGACGCCUACAAACCUCCUGAGAGGUCAUAUCCUGCGGGAAACAUACCAACACCCAGCACUGGAUCACCCGCAGCGGGCAACAUUAACCCACUGGGAGGCAAGACAACGUAUCCCACUGAUCCGAAAUAUAGAAGCCCUGGACGGCGAGGAGGAAAUGGCAGCAGCGCCACUAGGAUUGGCUUGCCGUUCAUUGAUCCAAACUCACGAACUCAACGACCAACGGGCAGCCAAGACUCGUGGCCUACCAAUCACAGCGAGCAUAUCCCCAUUAGAGUCAUUGUUGACAUCCCAGAUCAACCUCGAAAGCCCGCCGCUCCAGGAGAACACGUUGGUCCGAGAGCAUAUCCAGGCGCGGGAGGACGACCUUUGCAAGAUGACCCAAGAGCCGUCAAUCCUGAGAAGUCUCACCUUCGAGGACCGAGCAACACCUCCAAGAAGGAUGAGGAUUCACGAGGACGUGAUAUGCCAACGGGAAGUAGGCAAGACGGAGGCUCUCAAGACAAAAGCUGCCACCACACCCAUCACCACCAUUAUUGGCUGCGACCAAGGUCUUUCACAAUCGAGCCUAUGCCAAAAACAACCCGAGAGAAAAGUCAGCGAAAGCUGGAGCAUGUUGCAGAAUCGACACGUGAGUCGACAAUGCGACGAACAGAUGUCAACGUCAACAGAAGACAUCUCGACCGAAAGAGUGCGGCAUCUCAGAACCGUCAAAAUAAGGACUCAGGCUUUGGCACCAAAAGCAAGCCAAACGCUGACUCUCCAGCAUCAAACCGAUGCGAUCCACAAGGAGGUCGAGAAAUACUCUACGAGAGAUUUGGCCGACAGCGACAAGCAGGAGAGCCAAGCCGAGGACCCUGUCACAUCACACAUGUCCAUGUCUACAUCACCCCUAACCGUGUUGGAGCAAGCCACUCAGCAGGGCCAAAGCAAGAUCGCAUCGACGGGGGCGGCGCGGGCCGCAGUGGCCAAUUCGGGCAAAAGGACGGCGGAAACUCGGAAACAGAACCUCUCGGUCAGCGGAACGCCCAGAGCGCUCCCUAUCAGCCUCAAGAAGCCUCCUCCCGACUCUGUUCCGAGUAGGAGAUUGCGGAACAAGUUCAAGAUCAUGAGGUUCUCGAACAAGAGCCCGUCAAAGUCAACAAACACCGUGGUGGACGGUAUAGAGGCGAUUAGCAGCCGCAAGAGUUCGAAGACGUUUUGGGCCAUGGAUGGGGAAAAUGGCAAUCGGCAAACUACACCAACGGAGAGCAAGCAGUUGUCAGCAGCCAGUCAAGCCAGGUUGAAAGCUGGCUGCAGCACGUCAACGACCCUGGUGAACAGCGACUCCGAAGGCGGCGACACCGGAGGUCGUUUGAGAAGAGACGUGUUGAGUAAGCGUGUGCUAAAGUGCGCCACCGACGGCAAGCAGAUUGCGGGGAGCGUGGCUCGAUGGUAUUGGAAAGCCAUAUCACCUUGCUUUGAUCCGACAUCGCCAGCCAGAAAGCGACUUGAUGUUCACAAGUCAACUUGGACGGACGUUGGGAUGUUUCUCGUUGCGCUGAGCAGCGGAUUCGUGUUAUUGGCGACAGCGGUCCGGAUCGCGCAGGGGAUUGCGUGGGUGAUGCAGAUGGUGCAAGGCUUGCUGGGGGGGUUGAUUGUGAUUCUCGGUUCCUGA